GCGGUUUGAGCGCGGAGGGCCGCCGUCGUCCGGGCGGGCUGGUGACGCAGGCGCGGACGUCAGGACGAAGGUCGAGCGGCUGCACAGGUGAGCAGGUGCCGCAGGUGACACCGGGGUCCACGCGUUCUUCUUCUCUCGGCGGCACGGAACACGAUGACGACAAAUCGGUGGCGAGGACGCGCUUUCACCUGCAGAUGACAACUUGGACAGUCCGGCGGAUCGACUGACAGCGGUUUCAUGGAGAGAGAGAGCUCGCUGAGAAGGAGCCUCCAGAGCAGGCUGCGGCUGGGAGGAGCCUCCGGCAGCUCCAGUCUCACCGACCUGUCCCAGGCCGAGGAGCCGGGCCGCGCCAGCCAGCAGAGGAGGGCGGGCGCCAACGCCACCUGGAACAGCAUCCACAACGCCGUCAUCGCCGUCUUCCAGAGGAAGCCGCUGCCGGACCACGAACUCUUUGCUCUGAACGAAGGCGUGCGGCAGCUGUUGAAGACUGAGUUGGGCUCUUUCUUCACGGAGUAUCUUCAGAAUCAGCUGCUCACGAAAGGAAUGGUGAUCCUGAGAGACAAGAUCCGUCUGUACGAAGGUCAGAAGCUGUUGGAUUCCUGCGCUGAAACCUGGACCUUCUUCUUCGGUGAGGUUCUGUCCACGCUGCAGGCCAUUUUCUACCCCGUGCAGGGGAAGGAGCCGUCGGUGCGCCAGCUCGCCCUCCUCCACUUCAGGAACAUCAUCACCCUCAACCUGAAGCUGGAUGAAGCUCUGAGUCGCCCACGAGCUCGAGUUCCUCCGUCCAUCGUCCAGAUGCUGCUGGUGCUGCAGGGUGUGCACGAGUCCGCAGGCGUGACAGACGACUACCUGCGCCUGGAGCGUCUGAUCCAGAGCGUGGUGUCUCCGUACCUCUCCAGCCAGGGGCUGUGCUCCGCCGACGGGGCCUGGCCGCCCGGCCGCCGGCCUGAGACACACUUCAGGUCGGGACCCUCUGGGGGCAGAGCCCCGCCGGCGGUGAAGAACCUGGUGGUCCGGUCCAAGAGCUACAACGUUCCCUUGCUGACCCCUGUUGUGGAGUCGGACCCAGACUCGUCCUCAGGAGGCGGAGUCAGGCGCCACUCCGUCAGCGAGAUGACUUCCUGUGCCGAGGAGGCCGGCCCUGGUCCCACCGUGACGGAACCCUCCGGUCCGGACCAGCCCGCCGCCGCCACCUUCUCUGGUGUGUUCUGCUGCUCCGCUGCGGUUCCUCGCCCCCUGAAACUGACUCGCCCUCGGCUCUGUUCGGCAGGCUGCACCUCAGCUGUGGCGCCAGAACCAAGACCGGGCCACGCGCCCUCCUCGUGCACUCUUCCCGACCCCUGGUCUUCUGAGCCAGAGGCCCGGUUCCACUCCAGCGUCCGGCUGCACGACUCUGGCCCAGAGGUUCUGAGAGUCCACGCGCAGGAGAGUCCGGACUCGGAACCCGACGGCAUCUUUCUGGACUUUGGCAGCGUGACUCAGAGCGAGGAGCCGCUCUGAGUCGGAUGGACAAUGAGACCAGGACUUGGACCCGCCUCACUGCCAGGCCCGAAACCUGGCAGACGCUACUUGAGAGACUUCAGGGUCACGACCUCCAUGUUUCCGUCCGCGGGUCUGUUUCGGGAUCUCCUGGGUUCA